UCCCCCUUCACAUUUCACACACCCGUAGUACUUCCAUCCUCUUCUCUCUCAGCCUUUCGCCUCUCUUGCAAGAAGAACCCCAAAAUGUCGGACUCUGAAACUACCCCCACCGUCUCCACCACAGCACCGCCAUCAGACGACCACUCCUCUGCGGAGGGUAUAAAGAAGCAGGCAAGCGGCGGCUUUUCUUUGCCAUCAGACGACCACUACUCUGCGGAGGGUACAAUGAAGCAGACAAGCAGCGGCUUUUCUUUUAGCAUUUGGCCACCGACUCAACGCACUCGCGACGCGAUUAUAUCCCGUCUAAUCGAGACCUUAUCCACCACGUCCGUUCUCUCCAAGCGCUACGGUACUAUACCUAAAGAAGAGGCCUCCGAAGCCUCCCGCCGCAUUGAGGAGGAGGCAUUCUCUGGCGCCUCCACCGUGGCUUCCUCCGAGAAGGACGGGCUUGAGGUUCUCCAGCUUUACUCUAAGGAGAUCAGUAAACGGAUGUUAGAGACCGUCAAGGCUCGGGCUGGAUCGGGUGCCAAUGGUGACAAUAGUGCGACGGAGACAGCGAGCGCUGAUGUGACGCCGAAGGCGGUGGCGAAUGAAGAGGUUUCGAGCUCUGCUGAGGCUGAAGCUUGAUCUAAUUAGGGUUUUUAGCUUCAAAUUUGGUAUGCUUUUAGGGUUUUUUUAUCUUUUUAAUUUUGGUGUUUACUAUGUUGAGAUCUGGAUAUUUUAACUUAUGGUUUUUUAUGGUGAUUGUAUGAUGAUAAUGAUUUAGUAUUAUUAUUAAUAACUAGGUUUAUUCUAA